UAUUCGAAAGUGACAAACUGCAAACGGUUCUAAUGGAAGGACAAGCCAACUGUCCACAAACUCCUGUAGCACCACCUCCUAUUAGAAAUCCCUUUAGUGCUAGUUGUGGUCGAGUAUGGUACGACAGAGAACACUUUCCUCGAUUCUCACCGUCAGUUUUACGAACAGACAACGCUAACAAGAACGCAACUUCUGGCAAGUUUCAAUGGACAAUAGAUGAUAUAUCACUAUUGCGUCCAGCUGAAAUCAACGAAGUGCCUCAAGACCAAUCUCGUGCUCACAUGUACAAUCACGGCAACUGGGAAAGAGAGCAGGAGACGUGGGAUGUAGACAAAUUUUUUACUCACAAGUUGGUUGUACCUUCUCCAUGUAUUGUUGAACAUCAAGCAGGACAAACAAUGUUUGCUUCAUUUCCUUCUCGAUUUUAUAUAAAUGAGUCAUCACCACUGUCCCAAGUGGAAGAUAUAGAUACGGUAACAACAGAAGUUGCUGCUCAGACUGAGUGUCAAGAUGGAGCAUUUUAUGGUGACAUGGAUAUUCCUCAGUGGCAACUAUCUGAAGAGAUGGAGAAAUUGCAGGACUUGUCUUUUAAUUCUUUCAGAAGAAAAUUAUUUGAAGCUCCUUUUGAGCCAGAGGGAGAUACUGAAGCUACUUCAGUAGAUUCAGUGAUUUUAGAUGAUGGACAUGAUAGGCUUAUGGUUUCUAACAAAGGAAUAAAGUCUGCUGAUUGCUUGAAGCAGCAUCAGAUGCCUGCCAGUCCUUUACUACCAAAAUCAUGUCAGUCUAGUCCUGGAGACAGGCAGAGCCCAAUGGAAGCAUCGCCAUUACUAUCAAGGAUAUCAGUAUGCCAGUGUGCCAACCUUGUAGCUGGUUUGUCUCCAAUAUUCAGCCAAGAUGAGAUAGAUCAAUCGACACUAUUAGAAAGAUCACCUAAUGAAGCAAGUAUGUCUACGUGGAGCGUGAAUGGCCAGUCAUUAGGUGUUUGAUUUCUUUGUCAGUUAUUCUCAUGCAUGCAUGCAUGUUUAAUAUGGAUGUAAUGAUCAAUCAAUAAUAAGCAAUUGAAUAGACAUGAUUGAAUAUUAUUUACAA